UUCUCAAUCCUACGGAAAAACCGAACAAAGACAAAAAAAAUGGAGGAAACCACCCUUCUAUCGUAGUUUCUCUUUCUUCUCUCUGUUUCUCUUAAGGGGUUAAAAUUUGGUGUAAAAAAAACAAGGCAAACCAUGUCUAGUUAUCAAGGUGUGCUUGUUUCUGAUCAAUGGCUUCAAAGCCAGUUCACUCAAGUCGAGCUACGAACCCUCAAAUCCAAGUUUUUCUCUGCGAGGACUCAACAAGGUCGUGUUACUCUGGCCGAGCUGCCACCAGUUUUGGCCAGUUUGAAAGCUUUCAGUGAAAUGUUCAGUGAGGAUGAGAUCAAGAUUAUCUUGGAAGAGGCACACAGUGACAUGGGUGAAGAUAUCGAUUUCGAGGCCUUUCUUCGGGCUUAUUUAACUUUGCAAGGUCGUGCAAUCGAAAAAUCAGGCAGUACUCGAUCUUCAUUUAUCAAGUCAACAACGACUACUUUUCACCAUGCUAUUAAUGAAUCUGAGAAGGCUUCUUAUGUGAAACAUAUCAAUAACUAUCUGGCAGAAGAUAAAUUCUUGAAAGAUUUUCUUCCAAUUAAUCCAGCCACAGACGCUUUAUUUGAGCUUGCUAAAGAUGGAGUUCUUCUUUGCAAGCUUAUCAACAUAGCUGUUCCCGGGACUAUAGACGAGCGAGCUAUUAACACAAAAAAGGUUCUCAAUCCCUGGGAGAGGAAUGAGAAUCAUACACUUUGCCUUAAUUCUGCAAAAGCUAUUGGUUGCACUGUGGUUAAUAUCGGCACACAAGACCUUGUCGAAGGAAGACCUCAUCUGGUACUUGGAUUGAUUUCUCAAAUUAUCAAGAUUCAACUACUAGCUGAUCUCAAUCUGAAGAAAACUCCACAACUUGUGGAACUGGUGGAUAGCAGCCAGGAGGUGGAGGAGCUUAUGAGUUUAGGACCUGAAAAGGUGUUACUGAAAUGGAUGAAUUUCCAUUUGAAGAAAGCUGGAUAUCAAAAGCAAGUUACAAACUUCUCUACAGAUUUGAAGGAUGGAGAGGUAUAUGCACAUCUGCUUAAUGCACUUGCUCCCGAACAUAGUACGCGUGAUACUUUGGAGACGGAGGAUCCAACAGAAAGAGCAAACAAAGUUCUUGAGAUAGCAGAAAAAUUGGAUUGCAAAAGAUAUCUCACUCCUACUGAUAUUGUUGAGGGUUCUGCAAAUCUCAAUCUUGCAUUUGUUGCACAAAUAUUCCAGCACAGGAAUGGCUUAUCAACCGACAGCAAGACGUCAACUUUUGCUGAGAUGAUGACUGAUGAUCCAGAAACAUCACGCGAGGAGAGAUGCUUCCGCUUUUGGAUGAACAGUCUUGGUAUUGAUUCGCAUGUCAACAAUGUUUAUGAAGAUGUCAAAAACGGAUGGUCUCUGUUGGAGGUUAUGGAGAAAAUAUACCCUGGAUCGGUUAACUGGAAGCUUGCGAAUAAGCCUCCUAUAAAGAUGCCAUUUAAACAGGUAGAGAAUUGCAAUCAAAUAGUACAGAUUGGCAAGGAGUUGAACUUAUCACUCGUCAAUGUAGCUGGCAACGAUAUUGUGGCCGGAAACAAGAAACUUAUACUAGCAUUUCUGUGGCAACUGAUGAGGUUUUCUAUGCUACAACUCCUUAAAAACUUGAGAGCUAAAGAAAUUACGGAUGCCGACAUUCUGAACUGGGCUAACAGAACAGUAAAUCAGGCAGGUCGAAAAUCUCAAAUGGAGAGCUUCAAGGAUAAAAGCCUUUCGACUGGCAUAUUCUUCCUCGAGCUUCUUAGUGCAGUGGAACCGAGGGUCGUUAACUGGGGUCUGGUUACCAAGGGAAGAAAUGAUGAAGAAAAGAAGAUGAAUGCAACUUAUAUAAUCAGUGUCGCGCGGAAACUUGGAUGUUCCAUUUUCUUGUUACCUGAGGAUGUUAUGCAGGUGAACCAGAAAAUGAUGCUUACUUUGACUGCCAGCAUCAUGUACUGGAGCCUACAGAAGCAGGUAGCAGCAGGAAAUGAAAAAGUUUUGGAUGAUUUAUCUGAGACACCGCCGCCGGAAGGCGAGGUGACAGCACCCUCUGGUGAAAUGUCUGAUUUGGCUGUUGAUGACUCGGUUUCAGAAUCUCCAACAGCAGAAGAAUAGGAUGGUGAUGAAAAAUAACUAUAGGGAGGUUUCUAAUUCUCUUCCCUUACUCUUUUGCUCGAAAGAACCGAAACCAGAGG